CCGUUAAAACCAGCCACCGGUGCUACCGCAUACACAAAACACAAGAUGACAUCGAUUGUGAUUUUCUCAACUGGACUGCUGUUGAUGAUGAAGCUGACAUCUUCCGUGGCCUACCCAGCGCGUUAUUACAGCCCACGAUUGUCCCAUUACGAUCCGGAAUUCGAUUCGAUGGACUAUUACGUGCCGUACUACGCUCGCCCUGCGCAAUCGAGAUCGUUCGAAGAUCAUUAUUACGAGCAGCCUUACCAAGUGUCGCAAUGGCCGGGUUUGCUUUAUGACGAAUGGUUCAAGACGCAAGGACAACGCAGGCAGGAAAUUAAAAUGAGGCAUAACGCUGAAUCCAUCGUCAGUCGUCAAGGUGAACCCAUUCCAGGAGCUUACCUCGUUCCAGCUAACGUCAACGGUGCAUUCGCUGGACCUUUGGCUGUCGUUCCGGCUCAUUACGGAGGUGCUGGAGCUGUGACCAAUAGCGGCUCACCCGGAGCUCAAUAUCUUGCCAUCAUCGACGGGCCCAAUUGGCCGUUCAUCGGCCGUCCGAAGGGCAACCGUGUUGCUAUUAAGAAAUCGCAAGCUUCAGACACUGAUUACGUUCCAAGCACAGACGGCCCUAACUGGCCGUAUAUCGGGGUCAACUCUCCAAACGCCGAGAGCCGAUCUUCCAUCCCGACGGAUUACGAUGAGCAAGAUAUCGAUUAUGCGUCUUACUUUCCUAUCGAUUAUCCGGUGAUGUACAAUCCCAAGGAUAGCUACCUGUAUCAUAACUAUUGAAUUUCCUUCAACCGCUAGCCAUUGGUAUGUUGAAUCGCGUAAUAUGUCUUCGGAUGAUAGAAGAACGCUUCAAG